GACUUUGCGGCGUUUCGAGAGGAGGAGCUCCGGGCCCGUCGCCGCGCCCGCCCGACCGACGACGACCGCGGGUCGGGCCCGAGAGACUCGACGUCGCCGUCCGGGUGCUGUGUGCGCGCGUAUCCGCCGGCAGUAACGAUGAGUUUGCCCAGCGGUGUGGACAUGACUGCUGCCCUCAUGUCGCAGCAUCCCGCCGUACUCGGAGGCCUGUCUCCCGCGUUCUUCUUGCAGCGAGCGUCCGAGCGGUACCAGCGAACGCCCAAGUGUGCCCGGUGCAGAAACCACGGUGUCGUGUCCGCCCUCAAGGGACAUAAACGCUACUGUCGUUGGAGAGAUUGUGCCUGCGCAAAAUGUACUUUGAUAGCAGAAAGACAGAGAGUUAUGGCUGCCCAAGUAGCUCUAAGACGACAACAGGCUCAAGAGGAAAACGAGGCCAGGGAACUUGGAUUGAUAUACCCACCACCAUCGUCGUCAUCUUCAGCUGCUGCUAGAUCAAGUCCAGACGAGAAAAGAGCACGUCUCAGUUCGGAAGAAUCCAUUACUGCAAAACACGACCAAACGAUUGGAACACAAGAUCAAAACACUCGAAGCCGGUCGUCCAGCGUGUCUCCGAACGCCCCUACCCAAGUAACAUCUACACAGUUUGCCGCAAAAUUCAACAGUCCAACGAGAUCGGAGGUGGAAAGCAACGAGAGCAGCAAUGAAGCUGCACCGGAAAAUCUGUCGUUGCCCAAACGAAGAGAUUCCAGUUCACCGACCGAACCCGACCGUUCUCGGUUGCCAUCGAACUAUCCAAAUUUUUCCAGUUUCCUGGAAACGAGCGCCGCAGCUGCCGCAGCAGCAGCCGCCGGAGUUAACUCCGCUGGACGGUCGGCCGUCGAUGUCCUCAGGCGCGUUUUUCCGUACAAGAGACGAGUGGACAUCGAAAACGUGCUUCAGAGGUGCAACGGCGACGUAUUACACGCAAUAGAACUCAUGAUGUGUUCUUCGGAUCAGCUGCCGUCCAUGGCGCAUCCGUCCCUCAUGGACUCGCACUCGGCGUUCUCGCCCAUGUCCGCAGCCGCAGCCACGGUGUGCACGGCCGCGGCCGCGAUGACGUCGUUUCACCACCACCACCAUCAGCAACAGCAACAGCAGCAGCAACAGCAACAGCAGCAACAGCAGACGCCGCGUUUCCUCGCCGCGCCGAUUCACCACUAUCUACAACCGCAACUACACCACCUCACCACCGUUCACCCGCACGCCAUGACCUACCAGUCGCAUCACCUGAACCAAGCGGCGACGUCACCGCGGUCGCCGUCACCAGGUUCCGACAAGACGUCGUACUCGGACUGAUGCUAAACGCACAUGUAGCAGCGCAGAGUCCGCAUCGUCGUCACCCAUCCACACACACACACACAUCCAUAAAUUUAUCCAUCCGACCGAUCCACUAAAGCGUACGUUAAUGUUACGACUGAGGGCACGUAAGUUUUUGACGAGAAAAAAAUCCGAUAACAAUAAUAAUGUUGUUAUUUCCGGGGCGUGAAGGCGAUGGUAGAGUCUCCGGAAAUCUACUUCCUCCUUCUCAUUCGCCUUGUCUACAUCGAUGCGUAUACGACGUAAGUACGUCAUUUAACAACGCGAAUAAUAUUCAUCUAUUUUAUUUAAAGAUAUAUCAUUCGUGUAUUUUCGAAAUCACUUCCUUACGUUGCGUAUAAAAUCGAACGCGUAUACUCCGAAAGCGUUAUAAACGACGAACUGCUGCCGUAGGGAUGAAUGCAUUAUUCCGAGUCGUUCGAGUAUCGCGUAAAACCAAUUACGGUCUCUGAAUAAUUUCAACGCGUGCAAAUCUUCCUCGAGUACCUACCUUUUAUAUAUAUAUAUACAUGUAUAUUACAGUACUUAUAUUACGCGUUUUGUAAAAUACAUUUUUAACAAAAGUUAUUACAUUUUUAUAACAAUUACGUCGUGUACCUUAUACCUAAAUUGCAUUACAUAUAGGUAUAUGAUUGCUUUAAGAAAAUCGUUUUUAUAGUUUUAGUGUAACUAUAUAUAUUUAUAUAAUAUAUAAUGUAUAAAGAAAUAAAAAUCAGCUAAAUGUUUGUUGUACAUGUGUACGUAAUAUUAUAGAAAACCAGUUGUAGCGUUCAAUUGAAAUAUAUUUGAAUAAUUUAAAAUGUUCGCCAUCUCAUUAUAUAAGAUAAUUCUUUCAAACAAUAUUAUUAUCAAAUAUAUUAUAGCUAUAUGUAAUAUAAAAUAAAAUAAUAUGUACAUUUAUAUAUUAUUAUAUUGUAUGCUGCCACACACACACACACACGCUUGAAGUUAAUUGUUCAAGUCCGCAGUGUUGUGCCCUGUGUUGUGCGUAUACCGACGACAUCAUAAUAAACUGUGUAUUGACGUAUUACUAAUAUAAAUGCACAAAAUAUAGCAAUAUCAAUAUUAUGUCGAAUGUAAAUAAUUACAUUAUAUAAAACUCAAUAUAAUUAAUAUUAUAUACAUUUAUAAAUUUAAUAUUAUUUUAAGCGCCUAUUAUUAUUAAAAAUCGUGUUCGGAAUUUAGCCGUAGCACUUAAAAAAUAUUAUUAUUAUUAUAGGAUUCUACUAUUUCUACGUUAUUUUUUAUUUUAUUUAAUGAAUACAAAUGUUUGCUUAUACUGUGUUUAAAAACUGUUUUAAAAUUUAAAUAAAAUGUAGUAUUGACUA